ACUGUUUGUUGCAUUCCCGCUCUUUUAACCCGCUCUCUGUCUGGCAAUUCCCAGCUGAAAGACGUCUUCAAUCUUGUUUCUGUUGAGUACAAUCGACCAUCAAGUAUCUCAUCAUCUACCUUGCACUUUGUCCACCAUUCUUUUGUCUUCUGCCAAUGGUGUGCCAUGGGAGAACACCUUGAUGCUCGUCCUGCAAAUGGACAUGAACACUCUGCUUCGUCCCAGCUUCGGUACCUCGAUCUCACCUUUGACAGUAAAGAUCUCGAUCAGUCUGCACUCUCUUUAGCCUACAGAAUCCAGCCAAAAUGGCGAGAAGGACCAGGCAAGAUCGAAAUCACCAAGUUCACUGAAGGUAUCACCAACACGCUUCUCAAACUGACCAAACAUGUCCCUGGCUACUCUCAAAGCCAGCUAGAUCAGGACUCCAUCCUCCUGCGUGCCUACGGUAACAACACCGAGAUCCUCAUCGACCGAGACCGAGAAGCAAGCACACAUGCUUUGUGUGCCGACCGUAAAUUGGCGCCGCCUUUGCUAGCAAGGUUUAGGAAUGGCCUGCUCUACAGAUACAUCCCUGGCCAAGUGUGUACUCCCCAAGAUCUCAUCCGGGAGCCCAUAUGGCGCGCAGUCGCUGGGAGGUUGGGCCGGUGGCAUGCACAGUUGCCCGUCAGUAAGGUGAAGAACGCUCCACAUGAUAUCAAUGGUCAAAGUCAAAAGGAGAAUGGCAUUCCUACCGAGCAUACACAAGCUCUUUGCAAUCCUGCUUCGCAAUUGCCUGCCCCAAACAUUUGGUCAGUCAUGCAAAAAUGGAUUCACGCUCUGCCACACGAUUCCCCAAAGCACAAGGCCCGCAAAGAGCUCCUCCAGCAUGAACUGGAUCGAUCAUUUAACGAUCUGCAAAAUGACCAAGGCCCGGGGUCGAGUGGACUCGUCUUUGGUCAUUGUGAUCUGUUGAGUGCCAACGUUAUCAUGCUGCCCAAGGCCCCCAAUAGUGACGCAGGCGACAAACUCGAGGUGUUCUUCAUCGACUAUGAAUAUGCAGUACCAUGCCCGGCGGCCUUCGACAUUGCCAACCAUUUCGCCGAAUGGGGUGGUUAUGAUUGUGAUUAUAACAUGCUGCCUACCAAGUCCGUUCGACGCCAGUUCCUGCAAGACUAUCUCGACUCGUUCAAAGCCCACAGCGACAAUCCUGUGUCAGAAAACAUGCUUGAAUUUUUGUGUGCCGAGGUCGAUAGAUACCGUGGUAUGCCUGGUUUCUACUGGGGUGUAUGGGCCUUAAUCCAGGCUACAAUCUCGCAAAUUGAUUUUGAUUAUGCCUCGUACGCCGAGGUCCGACUUGGCGAAUAUUUUGCUUGGAGGGCAGAAGAGAGUGGUGGUCGUACUGAGAAGAAUGGAGAGAUGCCUCUUCGUGAGAAGAGGUGGCAGGAGCCUUGACUGCGGUUAUCAAAGUAACUCGCUUUACAUUACAUGUACGAGGACAGCCACAAUUUCGUUGAGAACAGACGAGCAAGACAUUGUGUAAUGAGAUGUGAGACUAUAAACAGCAGACAAGAAAAAGGGGCUGCCAUCACUACCCCGAUAAGAAUACAGACAAUGUCAAUGAAAAGUG